AAUAUAAAAGAGUUGAAAUGUGGAGACUUUUAGGGUUAUCAUCAGUUCUGUUGCAGCCAUCCAUUGAAGCUAAAUUCUGAGAUUUGAUCGAAAAAGCAAAAAAAAUCUGUGAUCGAAGCAUACGAGAUAGUUGUUGAGUGAAGAUGAUCUAUGAUGUGAACUCUGUUCUUUUCAGAUCCUUUCUGAGCCAAAAGGGUGGCUCCUCCGACAAAAGGAAAGGUGACGACAAGCCAAGAGAACAGAAGCCCAAAGCUAGCGACAACAAACCUGUUAUGAAUGAAUGAAUAGAUUAGUAGAUCUGCUUGUAAUUUUGCUUUUACCUCUUCUGAUAUUUAAGUUUUAAGGAUCAUCAAUGAAAAUUUAAGUUUCUUUCCUUUGAAAUCCGGCUUGUUUGUGUUA